AUGACCGACAGCGCUUGGGGCGAGAUGUCGGCGAUUAAGUUGGAGGCGCCACGUGCGCUUUUUAGCUCAGUGGAACUGCGGAUCUUGAUAACUGUGUGUCUGACGCACAAUUGCAUCGGCUAUGCGAUGGGAGCGAUUUCGCCGGCAAUGGAGCCGGCGACAUCGGAUUUGAAACUAACAGACGGCUGGAGGGGUGCCCUGGGAGCAGCUGCAUUGGCGGGCAACAUGGUGGGCAGUCCCAUGGGUGGUUGGGUCGCUGACGCCUACGGCCGUCGACGAUGUAUCAUGAGCGCCUGGACCGCACUUAUUCUUGGCUCUGUGCUCCAAGCACUCAGUCCCGAAGUCCUUUCACUCUGCCUCGCCCGAGCCGCCGUGGGCUGGGCUGUCGGUGCUCAUUACGCCGCUAUUACCACCUACCUAUCCGAGUCACUCAACCCGGAGUACAUUGGACGCCUCUUAUCAUUCACCGAAUUCAACUUCUUCACCGGCAAUUUCAUGGCCAUCGCCGUCGGCGCGCUCCUCAACGCGCAACUCAACUCUGACUCCCUCAAGUGGCGCACCACACUCUUCCUUUCCGCCAUACCCACUCUCUUCACCCUCAGCUACUUCGCCUACUGCCUCCCAGAAUCACAGCCCUGGCUUGAUGCAAAAAACAAGGUAUCACGUGUCCAUGACCUGGAAGCGAACCCAGGCAUAAAGAUAUGCAACCCCACCACCCAGAUAUGCAACCCCCUGGUCUGCAGCCGCACGGGACAUUGCGCCGUCCAGCAGGACAGCAUGCCUCAAAACGCCCAAGAGGGCCAGUGUGCGGUGCCUGAGCAACACGGGUCGUCUCCGAGCUCAAGUGAGGGCAUGAGCACAGGCAAGUCGAUCGUGUUUGUGAGCUCUUUCUGGGGCAGUUUAGUGGUGCCAACUUACGCCGUAUCGGCCUUUGCUGUGGCGAUCAUUUCCGAGUUGGGAUUGGCCAUGGACGCUUUCACACUCAACACUUUCCUCGCAGCAGCGGUUGCGUCGGGUGUGGCAUUGGGCAUCCCCCUGGUGGAUUUCGUUGGCCGCAAACCACUGCUCCUACUCAGUCAAUGGGGCGUGGCUGGGGCCUUCUGCGCUAUGGCUUUCCUGCAACCACUGGUCGCAGGUGGAGACCGCCCCGUUGCCAAACUCGCUCUCAUCACCGCCUUCGUCGCCUUUGAGGUACUCAACGGCUGCGGCGCACCACUUGCCCUUGUCUACCCCGCAGAAAUAUUCCGACCAGAAGUCAAGGGACUCGCUUCCGGUAUCUCCGCCAUGAACUCCAGGAUCAUGGCCAUCUCCGUCAUCAUGACCAUGUCCGCACUCCUCUCCUCUGUUGGCAUUGCCUCAAUACUCCUCGGCCUCGGCAUCUUCAGUGCAAUCGGCGCACUCCUCACACAUGCUAUGGCCCCCUAA